AUGAUUGAAGACGACAUCUACCGCGCCUCCUCACAGUUCCGCCUAUGGUCCUAUACUACAUCAUCUCUGGGUGCUCUCCGUGAAAGAACAAAUAUAAUAGCAAGUGGUCGGGUACGCGCUGCAUUGCAGCGAGCGCGUUCCACACAACAAUCUGCCACACCUUCUGCAGCUGGGACACCACAGCCAGCCAGCGAUGGCGAAGCAAAGGACCCAAAUGAGAAGGAGAUAGAGUGUCUGACGCCAGAGGAGGAGCUCGUCCUGGUCCGAUACUACUGUGAGAAGACGCUGGAGCUCGGAGAGACAUACAGGCCACCACUGCCAACCAUGGUCCGCGCGACUGCGAUUCAAUAUCUCCGCCGUUUCUAUCUGACCAAUUCCCCAAUGACAUACCACCCGAAAUCAAUUAUGGCAUGUGCGCUCUUCCUGGCGACAAAAACAGACAACUACUACAUGUCCCUACGGCAAUUCGCAGACGGAAUCCCGGGCGACACAUCCACAGAAGACGUCAUCUCACCUGAGUUCCUACUCAUGCAAGGUCUGCGCUUCACAUUCGACGUCCGACAUCCCUUCCGCGGCCUAGAAGGUGGAGUCAUGGAGCUCCAGGCCAUCGCACAAGGACAAGGCCAACCCGGUCCUCACCUCCUACACCAAACACCACAGCAACUCCAGCAAGGACUGCUCUCCAUUGCUCCUCCUCCCGUCCCAUGUUCUUCCAUCUCAGAUCGCAUUGCCCGCGCCCACGGCACAACGCGCGAGACUCUCAAAUCCGCGGCCCAAAUGACAGACGCCUACUUCCUCUACACACCUUCCCAGAUCUGGCUCUCGGCCUUACUCCUCGCUGAUAGACCUCUAGCCGAGUUCUAUCUUGAUACAAAACUCGGUGGACCUCUCACGGCCACCAGCAGUGCAGAGCAAUCGGAUCUACAGAAUCCGCUCUAUGAACUCCGUUCCAAGUUGCACAAAAUCUUGACCGACUGCUCUGCACUCCUUAACGAGUUUACGACUCUCUCUUCGGACCCGGAUCAGAUGAAGGACUUGAAGCGUAUUGCGAAGAAGCUGUAUCACUGUCAGAAUCCUGAAAAGGUUAACAUAGCGCAGAAGCGUUACUCUGCUCAGCCACAAGCUGUUUCGAGCCAGGUUACUUCUGAGAGUGAGUCUGAACGGCUGGCAAAGAAGCGGAAAUUGGAAGAGAAGGCAAGGGGUGGUGCUUCGGAUAUGUUUGGUCCUGAGUUGGUUGCUGAGCGGACAAAGCAAUGA